AUGUUGAAGGAACAUGAUAUUUUGAGACAGAAAUACGACAAUAACGUCUACCUUCUUCAAGAAGGAAAGAGACUAGAGAAAGAAUAUAACGAAUGGCUUGAAAUGAGGGAACGACAAGGGGAUUUGUUUAGCGAGUCAAGUUCUGAAUCAAGAAGUGAAUCUGGCCAGCAAGAGGAGGAAUUUGUAAUUCAAGUAAAGGGACAAAAUAUGACAACAUUACAUCAGAACGUGGCUAUGACGGCAGACGAACUAAGCUAUUCUGUGAAAAAUAUAUUGAGAAAAUUCAGAUCAGAUCCUACUGCAACAAAAGCCGUUCUAGGUAUGUGGUAUCUAAGUCCCUAUUCAUAAGGGCCGACUGAAUUCGGAACCUUAUAACUAAAACUCUUUUUUGUUACGCCCUAUGUUCAUAUGAGAUGCAUGAAAAUGGACGAUUUCCAGCACAUCUAUUAAACCAUAAGAAUUUGAGACCAAAUAAAAUUAGCUUUCGUUUUGUACCGGGGUGGCUCCAAAAUUAGACUGCGCCAUGUGAACAGCGAAACCGGUUUCUUUCAAGACAAUUUUGUCCAGUAGAGGAUUGGGAUUGACUGAGAACAUCUACACUCGCAUACGUAUAUACUUCCGGAACGGCGAUUCAUCCGGUUUUAAUUAUGUGAACACUUUUCGUCUUGUAACUUAUCCGACCCUGUGUGAACGUGAACUAAUUAGAACUGAACACAUGCAUUUUCGUUAAAAGUAUAAAAGGUUUAAUCUUUCACUUCGCUGCAAACUGACUGUCUGUUGAAUGUGAAAUAUAGUUCAGAAACCCUCCAAAUCUUCCAAAACGUACCAAGAACGCACAAAGUAUAUUCAAUAUGUUAAUAAUAAUAUAAUAAUCUUAUACAAAUUCAUUAGUUCAAGAAAUAGGGGAUUCAUGGUUUCCGACACCAUCUUGAAUCUAUUGCUUUCACCAUUGUGUUUGCACCUCUUACAAAUUUACCUAUAUAGGGAAUUCCAUUGUUUUUGCACCCCUUGCACUAUUGUGUUUCGUUAUGGCGUCGGAAACCUUGAAUCUCCCUAUUGCCUGGGUCGGUGCUAUUGAACGGCCAGGUACUGGGCCUGAUUAUAAUCUUUAUACUUGUCCAACUUUCUAAGAAUUAUUCGACUUAGACGAAGAUGCAUGCAAGUUGGUAGUUUCAUCUGGGUUUUUUCUCCAUUUUCCAAACUUUAGUACUCGCUAUCCAUUCGUUGGCGCCAUAUCUGGCCAUUUUACACCAAAUUCUCGUUUCGUUUCUUGGCUUGAUAUAUAUACAUGCAAUAUUUACAAUUUUUAUUUUGAAUCUUGUAAUUAUCCUGCUUUUCCGCCCGCAUUGAGCAGACAUUACCCAUUUGACAUUCGCGAUGUCGCGAAAACAGCGAAUAUAGCGAAGUUUACUGCAUUAUUCUUCAUUACAUUGUCUUUUAAACCUUUCGAGGUAAAUGUUCACUUGUUUGUCUUUGUUUUGUCGGUUUCUUACUUUUGUGGUCAAGAAAUUGGCGUCACAAAAUCUAUUAUUGAUAUAAUUGUAAUAAAUCCAUAACUUCUUCAAAAUAUACAGUAUCUUCAAUUUAAUUUCUUAGAGCUGGCGAAAGAUUUAUCUGGAAUGAAAAGAAAUUUUGUGAAGGGUCUUCAAGAUCUGCAAUCAAUCGUUCGAGAAAAGCUCCUGACAACUCCGGUAGAAUUGGAAGAGAGAAAAUAUUACAUCGGAAAAGUUGUUCAGAGGGAGAAUAAAAUUUUAAAGAUCAAAGAGAAACUACAAAUAGAUUAUGAUCAGCAAAUUAAAAUCAAGAAAGAGGAGGUCCAUACUUUUUUACAUAUUUUAUAUAUUAUAACGAUAUACUUGGUUUUUCAAACUAGAAUCGAUGUUUGAUCGAAAAACCUUCCAGCAAGAAUUGGACGUGGGUGCUUCCAUUAACAUGGAUCACAAAUGUUUUUGAGAACACGAUACUAGCAUUGAGAUACCAUGAGUACUACUAGUACUAAACAUAUAUUGAAUUGGUGUAUUGACGAUCAUUGCUGGCGGAAAGGUUUCAUUAAUCUAGUUUUAAAAAUUUGUCGGAUUGUAUAGGCAUAAUAAUUAUUAUAUGAGGCGUGAAAAACUAGUUUCAUAUGUAUACAGUGCGCCUUCAUGAUUUUCGUUGCUAUGUUCUUGCGAAUAAUCAAAAUGGGAAAAAAAUUGUAAUUUUCGACUGAUGGAAACAUGGAUAAUUCCAGGGGCGUAGCCAGCCCCAAACAAAUGGAAGGUGGGACAAAUCAUCAAAUACACAAAACAACUAUGGGAUCCAGCCGGAGAAUGUUUGUAUUUUUAGGAUUUGCAAAACGCUAUUUUAUGCAUUUUAUAGACAAGUUUUAUGAUAAUCUGAAAGCCACAGAUUUGGUAUAUUUUAUAUAAUAGAUGAACGCAUUACGAAGUCCCCCCCCCCCGAUUUCUUAUUAAUUUUGGAAGAAUUACAAAUUUAGUCCCGUAGAAAAGUGGAGGCGGACUCCAAUUCCAACUGUUGCGACGCCCUGAAUAAUUCCCACUGCCUUGAAAUUAUUAUUUAUCAUAUGUUUCCAACACUGCUACUUUACUAUUGUACUAGGGGCAGUUGUUCGAAAGCCGAUCAGCUUAACCCUAGGUUAACCUAAAAUUCAAAGCAAACUUCCCAAGAGCUUGUCUAUAAAUUUGGAAAUAUUUCUUCAGAGAUCUUGUCUGGAUCGAUAGGAGUUUACGUCUCUGAAGUUUUGAAAUAAAGAAAGAAACACACAAACUAAAACAGCAAGUUAAAUUUUAACCCAGGGUUAGCCCUAACCCACCUUUGAACAACCGGCCCCUGUACAAUUGUGUAAUUCUCUGAAAUUGAGGUUAAAAAUUUACAAAGCUGUUUAUAUUGAUUUACAAAUUAACAAUUUAUUUCUCCUAGGAGGAAAAACAAAGCGCGGUGAUUAAUAAACUAAAGGAGACUUUACAGUCACUGAAUGAGGCAAGUAGCAAAGAAUGUUCCAAAAUAUUGAACGAUGCAAGUCAACGAAUUAAAGCUGAUGUUAAAAACAGUGACGCAAAACAAAAGGUUUUUGCGCAACAAUUUAUUGAAACGAAGAAAACAUCUGGAGACCAGUUGAAACAGAAUUAUGAAGAGGAACGCGAAAAGAGGAAGGUAUUGUCGAUGUUCGUACUUAUUAUAUUCACCUACGAGAUCCAGUGAAUAUACUGCAAAAUUAACCGCGACUAAAUUAUGUACGCAUGACGACCACAUUGUGAAAACAUCGCCUGCUGCUCUCCAUUAAUAUUAUCACGGAUAUCCAGUAGAGAGAAGGCACCUCAACUUAAGAAUUACCAGUUGGUGUUCUCAAACGGCACUUUAAUUCGAGGCUUUCUCUUUUCGAAAAAAUAAAAGCUAAGCUAGAUUAUUAAAAUACCUCUUUGCAAGUGUCCUAAACCAGAAAUAAAUUGAGUGAUUAUUUUGGAUAUCAUAAAUGUCCUAACAUCAUAAUUUAACGUUUUUCCUAUGUCACAGAGUGUUAAAAAAUGAGAACUAACUAAUAGUAUAAAUAAAAUGACAAAUUUAAUUAAACAUGAACCUUAAUUUACUUUGUGUUGCAAACCAUUGAAAUAAAUAACUGGAAAGCAACCUUCAGAUAAACUAAAUAUAUUUUCCUUGAAACCAAAUCUGACCUCCAGACACGCGUAACUGGAGGUCAAGACACGCGUGUUUAUGCCAUUGACUGAUUGUGCGCUCUUCACAUGCGUGAAGGGACUGGGACUGGGACUUGCAUUCAUGUUAAUUGGGCUUCAAAUUUCCGGUUUUAGGUACCAUUCCAGUUAUAUUCAUUUCAAUGCUGUUGCAAACAGAUAUCUGGUCUUUUUUGUUGCCACCAUCUUGUUUUCGCCAAUUUCGUCCCUACACCGGCAAAAUGCACCUGUUUGUAAUUCUAUACUUUGGAAUGUAUUUUGGAAUCCGUUUCGGCUAACAUGUCUUGGCAAUAUCCACGAUCCUGGGUGGAUAUAGUUUCUCUGGGAAUACUUUAUGAACAAUAAAUAAAAUUCUGUGUGAUUUUGAUUAUUUAGAGAAAAUUUAAACUUUCUACAGAGGUAUUUAAUUGGAUUCAGAAGUAUGAUGCCGAUAUGGGAAUGCGACAGGUAAGCCUCGUCAACGAAAGGUUGGUUUGGUUUGGCCGGUUAGACAAGGUUCAUAGGUAGGGGUUUUUGGCCGUAUUUUCGAACGAAUCCACUAAUUGUCCACGAUUGUACUUUCACUGAAAAGGUAUAACAUCUUGGGUUCUGGGAAGACUUGGCAUGCAAAAACUUGAUCAUUUUGUCUAUUUUGUACUUGGGGCAAGGAAUCAGGAACUUACGAAUUACGUUAUUCCACUUUCACCCUGCAUGCUCAUUGGGGGUUGGAUAUAAUUUUGGAAACACGUAUUCAAUUAACAGUUAGUAACUGGAACAAAAAGAGACAGUAUGUUUUGAAGACAGGGCCAUAGGGGUAUUGACGGAGGUAUUGAGGGCCAUAGAGGUAUUGACGGAGGUACAUAG